CAACGCGCGUGUUUGUCCACCCUGUUCAUCCAGCCUUUCCUGCUCCCAUGUUUUGAGCCCGCUCCAGCUGGAGACAGUUCACCAUGUCCACCGGGUCUCUCAGCGAUGUCGACGACGAGCUCCUGGAUGGCAUCCUGAAGUUUGGCUCCUCCGGUAAAGACUCCAACGAGAGCACGGAGGAGAGCUCCAACUGCGAGGGCGCAAACGACGCGCCGGGCAAGAAACGGAAAACGGCGUCCCGGAAAACGGCGCCCAAGGGUGUGGCACCGCAGGAGGGCAAGCACGUCCAGAGGAACGCGGCCAACGCCCGGGAGAGAGCCAGGAUGCGCGUCCUGUCCAAAGCCUUCUCCCGGCUGAAGACCACCUUACCCUGGGUACCACCGGACACAAAGCUCUCCAAACUGGACACGCUGCGCCUGGCGUCCAGCUACAUCGCGCACCUCCGGCAGAUACUGGCCAACGACAAAUAUGAAAACGGAUUUAUCCACCCCGUAAACCUGACGUGGCCUUUCAUGGUCGCAGGCAAGCCGGAGAACGACCUGAAGGAGAUGCUGAGCACGACACGGUUAUGUGGAACAACGGCGUCCUGACGGAUCCAAGCGGACGCAUCUGCACAGUUACAGGGAACGAUGAUUUACCGAGAAAAAAAGAAAAUGAAAAGAAAAGAAAAGAUUGUGACUGAAAUGCACGGCUCAUCUCCGCAGACUUUGAGUGGGAAUAACAGAGAGAGCGAGUCUCCUCUCUCCUUUUCGUUCCCGUAAAGAGAAAUCUUUUUUUUUUAUUUAAAUGCAUUCUGUCACAUAUUGUUGUCUUUGCUGGUUCAAAGAUGCUUUAAAUCGCUUUUUUUAUACUCUGC